AUGGCCGACGAUGCGGCUGCAAAGAAGGCCGCCGAAAUCGAGAAGCAGAAGAUGUUGUGGAAGAUGGUGAAUGAACCUGAAUUUGGGAAGCAAAAGAGUCCAGCUCGUCGGCAGAUCUACCAGAACAAUUCAUUAGGAAGAGCGGGAGUUCCCAUGAUCCCAGAAGACUUGUUAGGUGGCUCUUCGAGCAACGUGAAUGAGAGUAAGAUGUAUAAGAAGUUGACGAUUAAUCCAUUGGUUCCAAUCGGAAUGGCAGCAACUGUUGGAUGUUUACUCGGUAAGGAGGUUAUUUUUUUUAUUUUGGCAAGUUUAGGUUUCUUUUUGUGCGGGUUCGCCUAAUAGAACCAUAAGAUGAAAAUCCUUAAUUAAAAGUGUUUUGGCCAAAUGCUGACUAGUUUUAUAUUAUACUUGCCACCUAAGACUGAUUUGGCUCGAUCUUGCUCAGUAGUGAUUUUAGAUGUCUGAAAAUUGGUGAUUAGCUGCUUAUGAGUUGCCAAGUACAAUCCAUUGAUAUUUUCUUAUUUGAUUUUUACAUUUUUCAGGCAUGUGUAGAGCAACAUUGAACAAUAACAGAAUGCGAGCUCAAUACUACAUGAGAGGUCGGUGUGCAGCUCAGUUCGCAACAGUAUGCUUCUUGGUUGGCGGUGCCAUGUUUCUUGGCCUAGAUCCUCGAGGUUCACCUGGUCAAAUCCCCAAAGAACCCGAUAUGUUGACGAAAAAGCUGCUGAACGUUUGA